CACUAAAUACGAAAGGGGUGGAGUUAGUGGAUGGCAUUUGAUUUGAUUUGAUCGAUACCAAUCCGGCUUUCACCUGCCGUUGUUGAUCAGCCAUGGCAUCACUAAAGUAAAGGCCCCCAGGAAUCGAUGAUUUGGUGAAACCAAUAAACAAAACCAGCACGCAAACCUGUGCGUAGUUAGUAGCAGCAAGAGGAGCAAGUGGGAGGGAGGGUUCAUUGACAUAUAUACCCCUCCUCCUCUUCGGUUCCUUUCCCCAACUCCUCCAUUAUUGAUUCUUGUGAGGAAGGAGGAGGAAAAGCAGCAGGCAGAGAGGCAAGGGAGGAAGAAGAGGAAUCUCUCCGCUAGACAGGAGCAAGGGGUGGGUGGGCUGGGAUGGCGUCAAAGAGGAUACAGAAGGAGCUCAAGGAUCUGCAGAAGGAUCCCCCUACCUCAUGCAGUGCAGGUCCUGUUGGUGAAGACAUGUUCCACUGGCAAGCGACGAUAAUGGGUCCAUCCGAUAGCCCGUAUGCUGGUGGAGUUUUCCUAGUUACCAUCCACUUCCCUCCUGAUUAUCCAUUUAAACCACCCAAGGUGGCUUUUCGCACCAAGGUUUUCCAUCCAAACAUUAACAGCAAUGGGAGUAUUUGCCUUGACAUCUUGAAGGACCAAUGGAGUCCCGCACUGACCAUUUCCAAGGUGUUGCUGUCAAUCUGCUCCCUGCUGACCGAUCCGAACCCUGAUGAUCCUCUGGUCCCUGAGAUCGCCCACAUGUACAAGACGGACAGGCAGAAGUACGAGAACACGGCAAGGACCUGGACUCAAAGGUAUGCAAUGUAGCAGCGCCUCUGAGUAUGAUCGAUGGAGAGUCGUCGAUGCUGUAACAUUAUCAACGGGCGCGUCUCCCUCCGUGUGCGUGUGUGUGUGCAUGCGUGCCUUGUAAGGAUCAAAUUGGCUUUGCAGUGCACUCUGGUGUUGCUCCUAUUGUGUCACUCGGUUAAGCGGUGAUUUGGAAUAGUAACCAAACUGGUGUUGGGGUUGUUUUCGGUCAGAUAAUGUUGCAACUUGCCAACAAGUCGGUGCUUCCAGUGCAGUGGUUCCUUGAA